AAUGAUACAAGCGUGUACGUUAUAUUUCUUCCUCUUACUGCUACUCCAUCCUUAUUUACUUUAUAACCACACAAGAAUGGUCCAAAUUCUCAGAUCCUUUUCCAACGUGUUCCAAUCUUAAGAAUUCUAUCUAUCUUCCUGCACAAUGAAGUGGUUCGAAGGAAGUAUUAACGAGGCUGUAACUACGUCGAAAUCAAGGAAAGCAAUUUUCGUUGUCUUCGUGGAAGGAAAAGAUGAUACUUCAACUCAAUUUGCUCAGGCAAUCGAUGUUACAGAAGUUUCUACACAAUUGGAACAUGAAGAUUUUGUUGCUAUUAAAUUGGAAAGUGGUUCAGAACCAUACAGAUUUUUUGCACAGAUUUAUCAUCUCGUUCCAGUACCAUCUUUAUUCUUUAUUGGUGAAAAUGGUAUACCACUUGAAAUAGUUGCUGGUAACGUGACUGCAACUGAACUUACAUCCAAAAUUGAAUCUGUUUUAAAAAAAGCAGGAAAGGAAACUAAAAAAGGUUCUCAAAAUUUAAUAGAAUCUGAAAAAAAAUCUGCAGCAUGUACUAAUGCACCAGAUGCUUCUACCAGCAAUGUUACUACUGUAAAUACUCCUGAUACUAAAGUUGCAACGGAUGUACCAACAGAAACUGUUACAAAUACAGAGAGUGGACAUAAAUUAGUAGAAAAUGAAUCUUCAGAUUUGAUAGAUACGGAUAUACCAACCACUAGCAACGAAACUAAGGUAGACAAUAAUGCUACAGAAUUGUCAAUGCAGGAAAAGUUAGAUAGAGCUAAACAAUUGAUAGAAGUACAAAAAAAACAGCGACAAGAGGAAGAAGAAAGAAAAGAAAAAGAAAGAGAAAUGGAACGCCGCAAAAUGGGAAGAGACGUGCAAAAAAUGAGACAAAAGCAACAAGACUUGGAGGUAAAACAAGCUCACGAAGAAAGGAUGAAAGAAAAAGCAGCAGAAGCAGCUGCUAGAGAGAAAGUAAGGCUUCAGAUUGCUCAAGAUAAGCUUGAACGAAAACAAAAGGAGUUAGCUUUGCAGCAACAUGUGCAACAACAACCUGCAGAACAACCAAAAGUUCGACCCACUUCGUUUGCCGAUACUACAGUAACAAGAAUUCAAUUUAGAUUGCCAUCUGGUAAUCCACAUAUGGCUGAAUUUUCACCAACAAAUACUUUACGUACUUUACGUACUUACGUGACCGAAAAUAUUAAUUUACCAUUUCGCCAAUUCGUUAUGUCAACAUCAUUUCCUAGAAGAGAUCUAACAAAUGAAGAUGAUAAUAAAACUCUCUUGGAAUUGGAAUUGGUUCCUAGAGCAGUGAUUUUAAUUCUACCAUUGAAAAAUAAUAAUAUUACAACAUCGGUAACGUCUACUCAAGAUGUUAGCUUUUUUUCACGCUUCGUGUGGUCCUUUUUUGCUCCAGUAAUUGGCAUAUAUAAUUAUUUAAUGGGAUAUUUUACUGGGACUUUACAUGGAAAUCCUGAUCAGAAUAACGAAGACACCGGUAAUUCGUCUGGUGCUUCAAAUAGCGGAGAUGGACCUACAUUUUCAAAUUUGCAAAAUCUAGCUCGAUCAACAGGAAGAAAUAUCAGCAUACCAGGUGGUGCCACGAUUAGAGCACAAGGUAAUAUACAUAGACUACAUUCUGCUGGAGAUGAUAAUGAUGAGAAUAAUACUUGGAAUGGUAAUUCAACACAACAAAUGUGAAUGAAUUUAAAAUAAAGUUACACUGCGCAGAUAAUCUGCCUUGUUAAACAA